CAACAUCACUUGAGUUAAAGGGGUGUCUUUUUUUCUGAACAUAUUCCAUUUUCAUUACAUAAAUGAACUGUUACACAAACAGGCUCCCUCUCAUCUUUGAAACCUGGCAUGAACUCUGAUACAGUGUGUGGGGAUCAAGAACAGGCCUCCUUUGCAUUCGAACUACAAACCCCAGGGGCCCUCCUAAGCACACCUCUUUAAUCUUAGCCUGUAAACAUAAACAUCCUCAAUAAUUCCUAAUUACCGUAUUCCCUUCAUUCACCUACACUAAUUAAUCCCUCUCUCUCAGCACCACAUAACCAGCCCAAAUAACUGACAGGACAAGGUGGGAAGACAGAAAGAGAGAGAGAGAAUACACAGAGAUGGAGAGGGAGAAAGCCGAGUUCAGCACACCAAAAGUGGGUUCACUGGAGAGAAGGGAGUUAUUCCAUAGCAACGCUGCAUCCACCCACAAAAGUUUGAGAGGUCAAAUUAGCGAGGGUUCUGCCUUCUAUAUAAAGCCGGUGUUAUGUAGUAAUUUUCAACAGGCCUGAUAUUUUUGAGGCUUGCAGUGAGUUUCAUGGUGUCUGGGUUUUUGUGUGUGUGUUGUGUCCAUGUCCUUGUAGUCAGCAUUGAGCCUUGAUGAUAACAUGUGUCUAAAGUUGAUUCAUAUUUUUGAUAUUUUAGAGUAUAUGCAAUACAGUACAUACACAUGGAAACUAAGCUUCAGUGUAACAAAUACAUAAUAAAUAAAAAACUUCGGCCAUCACGCUGGUUUAAAAGGGUUGCUACUAAAUACAUCUAAUCCCUGGAAAGACACAAUUUUGAAUGAUCAUGGACAGGGUAUCAUUGAUUUUUGACAUCAUAUUAUCUGGAUGAUUGACUCUUCUUCGCAGUAAUCCAUUGUCGAUGCAAGAGGAAUGACAAUACGAGCAGAUAUUUGCAGCGAAGAGUGUGCAUGUAGGUGUCACUGUAAUCCCUUCAAUCCAAUAUUCCCAACCACUAGAGACCACCAUAAGCAGUGGCGCAACGUCUGUCGCAUGAUAACAAGCUAUGCAUGUGAGUGUGUCAUUAAAAUGGCGAGCUAGGACACUCAACUCACUCUGUGUCAAAGAAAAUGUACAACAGAAAGUGUCAACUUAAAGACACGCAAAUUGGAGGAAAAAGGGUUUGGAGAGUAGCGGAAUUCACACAUAGGUUACCCAUUAAAUAGGCUACUGUCUCUCAGGCCACCUGUGCAUCUGGUUGUAGGUAUACACGUCUGCAGGUGACUUGCCAUAUGCAUUCCGAUUUAGUCCGAUUUUUGUCAAUAACUGACCAGAAAUGAGAAUGGCCAACGUAUAAAUAUCGCUCUGAAUUCCCAGCGGCAUUAGUUUGCGGCAAUUCUUUUUAACACCCUACAGACUGAACAAUUCGCUUUAAGCAGACGAUGCAUGACACUUUUGUUCUGAUCCUUCAGCCGCUUUCCAAUAUGCAGAGACAGAUGUGGUUUUUUUAGCCAGUCGUGAUUUGACUGCUGCACAGGUACAGGACCGUUCUGGGGAGGUCCGUAAUAUCGUAGCCUAUUAUGGUUUAAGAUCAGAAUAUUGAGUCCUUUACACAACACCAUUUUUCAUGUGAUAAAUUCAAGUUCCUUUAUAGACAGAACCCCACUCGUCCCGGACUCAAUCGUGAUGCUCUCUGGAGAACACACAAGCAUAAAACAUGCGUAGGUGGGAUUCCUUCGGUUCGUUCCCUACAAUGCUGGCAACCUUGGAAAACAUUCGAGAUGAACAUCUUGUGCUGUCUACGGUUGGACGCGAUUAACUCGUUUAUUUGUGUCAAGGCACAAAGAGAUUUGACGCUUUUUUUCUAUCUGAACUAAACAACGCGUGUGUGCCUGCAAUACCUUGGCUUCUUAGUCUUUUUCUUCACAGUCGAUGCUUUGAUAGGAUUUUGAAGUGAUGCGUUUCUCAGAUGGGAUUGGUCGCCAAACUGUACAGACGCAGACUGCAAGACGCUGCAAGAAAUACGCUUCUUAAUUACCGUAAUGUUUUAUCGGUAUGUGGAUUCGUUUGGCAUCGUCUUUUGAUAUGGAACAGCUGUAACCAGAAAUCUUUUUGAAAACAGACCAGGAUUUGGAUUUCAUUCACAUCGUGUCCAGUCUCCCAAGGAUUGGAUUUGGAUUACGGCGCAGUAAACGUCGCAACCGAAGGGGAAGGUAUAGACUGUUGGAAAGCGUCCGUCCUAUCUCUUAAAUCAACCCCAUUGGAUUUUAAAAAGUAACGUUGGAAGAUGAAUUUGAAGGAUUCAUUCCUUCAAUCAGACUUCAUGGCAUCUCUGUAAACCAACGGAGGUUUUAGUGUUCAGCUCUGACUCGGGCUGAUAUCUUCUGGAUUGUGAGUACUGUAACCCAAGACUAGAAUUUAGGACGGGGAGAAUUUGGGCGCCUUUGUGGAGAGCCGACUGCCCCUCAACUUGGCAGUCAUAUUAAUGCUACAGGGCAAAGACACUGUUGGCUUAACACUAGGAAACAGAGUGAAGGAAUACACGAUCAGCAAGCAUAGCCAUGAGAGAGACGCAGCAGUUACUCUGACCCGGACUGUGUGGGAGGAUAUUAAGAAGGACGAGGAGGACGAGUCCUGUGUCUGUGUGUGACGUCGCCUCCAUAUUAGCGGGUGACAGUGUGAGCGGGGAUGCACGAGUGAGAUGAGAGACGCCAGCCUGAGUUUGCUCUCUGGACCUGGAAGCUGAUACAUUAUGGAACGGCUGGUUUUGUGUGUGUUGGUGUUUGGAGUGUUGGCAAAGGCGCAGAACUGCCCAGGUCGCUGCAUAUGCCAGACAAUUUCCCCGACCCUGACCCUCCUUUGUGCCAAGACGGGGCUGCUCUUUGUCCCCCCGACCAUCGACCGCAAGACCGUGGAGCUGCGUCUGACCGACAACUUCAUCACAGUCAUCCGGCGGAAGGACUUCCUCAACAUGACCAGCCUUGUUCACCUCACGCUGUCACGCAACACCAUCAGCCAAAUCGCACCGCACGCCUUUGUCGGCCUCCGGUCUCUCCGCGCUCUGCACAUGGAUGGCAACCGCCUGACCGUCAUCAAGAGUGAGCACCUGAAAGGCCUGAUCAACCUCCGGCACCUCAUCCUGGGCAACAACCAGAUCCACAGUGUGGCCCUGACGGGCUUCGACGAGUUUGUGUCCACCAUCGAGGACCUGGACCUGUCUUACAACAACCUGAGAACUCUCCCGUGGAACGCCAUUGGACGCAUGGCAACUAUCAACACGCUCUCACUCGACCACAACCUCAUCGACUACAUCGAAGCGGGCACCUUCACGCUCCUUACCAAACUGGUGCGGUUGGACAUGACGUCUAACCGCCUGCAGAAGCUGCCGCCGGACAACCUCUUCCAGCAUGCGCAGGUCAUGUCCGACCCCAAGAACUCCAACCCCAGCAAGCUGGCGGUGAGCUUCGGCGGCAACCCGCUGCACUGCAACUGCGAGCUGCUCUGGCUUCGCCGGCUGACGCGCGAGGACGACCUGGAGACGUGCGCCUCGCCUGACCACCUCAUGGACAAGUACUUCUGGUCCAUCCAGGAGGAGGAGUUCAUCUGCGAACCUCCACUCAUCACCAAGCACGUGUCGUCCAAUCCGUACGUCAUGGAGGGUCAGAGCUUGGCGCUCAAGUGCAAAGCCAUGGGAGACCCAGAGCCCACCAUCCACUGGCGCUUCCCCGACGGCAAGCUGGUGCACAACAACUCGCGCACCAUUGUGCACGACAACGGCACACUGGAGAUCCUCAUCACCACGCUCAAGGACAAUGGCGCCUUCACCUGCGUGGCGUCCAAUGCCGCCGGCAUGGCGACUGCUGCUGUGCAGAUCAGCAUGAUCCCCCUGCCGCUCUUCGUCAACAACACGGGCCACAUGAGGGACGACUCGCGCCGUGACAUCACCACUUCCUCCAAGUCCAACGACACCAAGAGCCAGGACAAGAGGGUGACGGUGGUCGACAUCACCGCAUCGUCUGCGGUCAUCCGCUGGCCCUCCGAGAGUCACAUCCCCAACAUACGCAUGUAUCAGAUCCAAUACAACAGCACGGCAGAUGACACCCUUGUCUACAGGAUGAUCCCGUCCACCAGCAAUACGUUCCUGAUUAACGACCUAGCGGCGGGCCGGGAGUACGACCUGUGCGUGCUGGCUGUGUACGAUGACGGCAUCACGCUGCUGACGGCCACUCGCGUGGUGGGCUGUGUGCAGUUCAACACGGCCGCCGAUCCCGGCCAGUGCCGUUUCAUACACAGCCAGUUCCUGGGCGGCACCAUGAUCAUCAUCAUCGGCGGCAUCAUCGUGGCGUCCGUGCUUGUCUUCAUCAUCAUCCUCAUGAUCCGCUACAAGGCCCACGGCGGGCCCGACGGCGCCAAGGCCAAGGCAGGCGGCAGAGGCUGCGGCGGCGGCAGUAGCCACGUCCACUCACAGACCAACGGCAACAACCAGCAGCAGGGGGGCAGGAUGGGCCGCUCUGCCUCCAAGCAGCAUCAUGCCGCGCCCACAGAGGAGAGUCGGUGCCUGGACGGGCACCAGCCGGCGUCAAAAGACUGCAAGGCGCUGGUGCUCAAGCUGAAGAGCGAUUGCCAGCUGGAGCCGGCGCUUGCGUGUGACUCGGCCGUGCUGGAGGUGGAGCUUCCUCCGCUCUCGGCCAUGGAGAAGACGGCCAAAGCGGCGGUGGCCGCACUGGCUCGCCGCGCCAGCCUGGACGCCCAGCAGUCGUUGUCCUACGGCGGUGGCACCUUCUCGGAGGACACGGGCACGGACAGCAGCGUGACGGGCUCCACCAUGUCGCUGUGCCUGAUUGGGCCCAGCGGCGGCGGUGGUGGCGGCGGAGGCGGCGGGUCCAAGGACAGCCGGAAGGGUGCGUUGACCAACAUGGGGCUGCUGCCCAGCGAGCUGGCAAGGACGCGACACCGCUUCUCCUUCGACGGGGACUACGCGCUGUUCCAGAGCCACAGCUACCCGCGGCGCGCCAGGACGCGCAGGCACAAGUCGUCCAAUCAGCUCAAUAUGGACUCCUCGCCGCUGGCCAACCGCAAAGUCACGUUUAGCAGUACCGAGUGGAUGCUCGAAAGCACAGUCUGAAAGGACGGCAGGGCAGCUUUUUCAUUUUCAGUCGGGAGAGACUAAUUGUUCGCUUGCAGAGACAGAUGGAUAGACACAUACACACGCAUACGCACGCACGCACACACACACACACACACACACACACACACACACACACACACACACACACACACACACACACACACCACAAACAAAACAUACAUACAGACAGAUAGUAAGUUGUACACAUUCAAAACCACAUACUUGCAUACGAAUGCCAUUUUCUUUCAUGCUCGCGUGUCAGUACUGUCCUACACACUCUGACUGGUGCAGCACUUAAGAGAGCACAGUUUUGACUUCAGACCGCCUCCUCCUCCCCUGACUUCAGAGAGCGAGAGAGCGAAAGAGAGACAGAGAGAGAGAGAGACAGAGAGAGAGAGACAGAGACAGAGACAGAGACAGAGAGGGCAGGUGGCCAGGGCCAUGUAUUUCUGCAGCGGUGCCUUAUUCUAAGAGAAGUACCAAUGGAGGAUGCUGCUAGCUGUGGUCCCAUACUCUGCCAUGUGCCCCCCCCCCCAAAAAAAAACCCACCCACCCACUCAGCCUGUUUGUUUGUUUUUUUGGUUUGAUUGUUUGUUUCUACGUGAUGCCAAGGCGUGUGAUGGCUGAAUAUGACUGAUGUUUUUUUUUUUUUUUUUUUCACUUUCAUCGAAAGAAAAAAAAAAUGAAACAGAACAAAGAAGCAUAAACAUACCCACUGCAUUGGUGAGCAUCCAGAUGAACAUUUCCUACGUGUUAGGUAACUUCAAGACUUUUGCACAGAAGACACGAGAUACAAUGGACAAGUAUCAAACCAUUCUAUGUAAUGACUUACAAAAAAAUUAAAAAUAAAACAAAGAAUAAACGGUGAAGAACACCAAGAUCUAUUCACAUGCCGGUUUCAAAUGUUAGCAUAGAGAGAUAUGAGCAGAGGAUUAACAAGAGGACUAUUCCAGGUCGGUUGGACUGUAUGAUAUCAAUAGGUAUUGUUCCCGAUGUGACUGUAUGAUAUUAAUCGGUAUUGUAUCUGGCUGGCCUAGAUUUAAAAAAAAAAAAAGAAGACAAAUACAUAUAUAAAUAUAUUAAAACUAUCGGUGUAUGUGUACUAAAUACAUAAGUCAUAUGUUAUAUGACUUUUUACAAGGCAUUUGAGUGCUGGUGUCAGGUUUUUACAUUAAAAAUCUGUGUCGGCACUUUCUCCCCCCAAUUUAGUAUAUCAAAGUUUGGACCACUUAUCCCUUAAGAAAGGGUAUUAAACUUUUUUGUGUCAGUUAA